UUCAUCUUUGUGUCAUGUUCCACCUUGAGCCGCCUUCUCCUGACCAGCAAGUUCUUACAGAGUCCUUGUUGAAAAUCUGCUCCCCCCAAAUCCAAGUUGGCGAAGAGUUCAGAAGCGGUACUCUUACACUGGAAGUACCUCCGGGCGAUUUGUUGGGCGUCUUGGAGAUCAUUAGCACAAGACAAAAACAAAAUUUGUUGGUGUUGGUUCAGGUCGGGUCGUUUUUCACUAUCGCACCACUUUUUGAAUUCGAUCAAUGUUUUUGGUUUAAAUUUUCCGGUUUUGAUUCAGUCAGAUGGGUGAAUGAGUACUUAUCUUACGAUCAAGAAUCUGCGUUCUUUAUGCCUACCUGAUUCAAAAAGUUGGUUUCAUUAAUGGAAGAAAGAUUCGGCGAAACUGGUUUAAUCAAGGUUAGAAAAAGAAUCCUGGUGUUUCUUUACGUUUUUGCCAACAAUUGGAGGAAAGUACGAUAAAGCAACGAUAUCAAGACCGAAUGCAUUAAUUCCACGUAUAUUAUUACUUUGUAUGACUUGAAGAGGGAAUCUUUUACACAAAGCCUCAACACUGGAACAAGAAAUGCAGUAAAAUCUUUAAAUUAAAAAAAAGAACAUCAUUAAAU